AUGGUACAGUCAAAGAAACUCCAUAAUCUCCAAAGAGGUCAAAUAAGAUGCAAGAAUAUUCACCUUAUGAUGAUCAAGAGGACUAGUAGUAUGACUUUCAAAGAAGAGGAGGAGGCCCAGGGUAAAAUCAUAGAGAAAGCUCUGGUUCCAUAGACUCCUAAGAAGAAUCCAAGGCUUCUGAAGAGUAUGAAAUAACAAACAUUGAAGUCAAGAGAUUCUUAUAACCCUAAUAAAUUUUAAAAUGCUACUUCAGAGAAAGAAAACACCAGAAAUUAGCACAUUAAUAACUAAGUAUUAGUCAAGAAGCCUGUCUAGGAUAACAAUAACAAAUCAAGAUAGAGAAAUAAUUCAUAGCAAAGUGCAGGCAGGUCAGAUUCUUCUUCAGGAUCAUCACUAUCAUCACUAUCUAAUUCUAGAAGUCCAAUUAACCAUCGAAGACAAAAAUCUACUUUAAGAGCUAGAUCCAAAUCUGUAAAAAAGAAUAUGAGCAAGACUGUGGUAGGUGCAAAUGCUGCAGCCGCUGUAGGACUAGCGAAUAAUCAUUAGCAUCAUCAUCACUAGAUAAAUAAUUCUUAGAGUCACACUCAUCUACAUCAAACAGGUCACAAGCGUUAGGGUAGUCAAGGUAAGAAGGAUAAAAAGACUACAAAGAAGGAUGCUCUUGAUAAGAAAACUGACAGUAAUCUUGUCUAGAGACUCUUACUCGAUAUUACUGAGAAAUAUAAGGGACUUAAUGGGGCUUAGAGCAGUUGCUAUAUAAAUAAACUCGAGAAAAAGACUAUGGUACAUGAAAUUAAUGUAUUAGCUAAAGCGCUGAUCAAGAAUGAAAAGAAGCUCGUGAAGUUACAGGAGAGCUCAAAGUAAAAAGCUAAGGAAUAUAAAAAGGUUAUUAAGAACUAGGAAAGAGAUCUCUAAUCCUAGGAAUAAGAAAUAUUGUAAUUAAAUGAUCAUGUAAAAUAACUUAAAAACAAUGAGGAUCAUUUGAUCCAUGAUCUUGUAAAACAAUAAAAAAUUGCCAAGGACUCCUUAAGAGCUCUUGAUAACUUAAGUGAUAAAUAUGAUAAGGAGAAGCGUGAACUUAUAGUAAGACUUGAAAGAGAGAAAGAAGAUGCACUUAAGAGAGAAGAUUAAAAGUAUGAAAUUAAGAUUCAAUCAAUCAAGGCCCUUAACGAUUAACUUAACAAUAAACUAGGUACUCUUCAUGAAACUGAAGAUGAUUUCUCAGCAUUGCAGAAAAAUUACAAUGAGGCAAUUGGUAUUAUAGAAGAUUAAAAAAGAGAAUUGUAGCAAGCAUUGAGAGAUAUUGAUGAUUUAAGGACAAGAAAUGGUUAACUAGAAGAUGAAGUAAAAGAUAUCCAAGGAAUGCUCUAAGAACAGUAGAGGAUAUAUUCUACUCAUAUUAAUGAGUUGAGGAUUUAACUUAAUGAAUUGGAGGAAGCUACAAGGAAUAAGUACGAGGAACAGAUCAUUGCUCUACAAUUAGACUUGAAGAUGAAAUAAGAGUAAUUAAAUCGAUAGGUUUAGGAAAGAGAGCUUUUAGAGAGAAAAAUGAAAUAAAAGUUAGAUGAAGCUGGUCAAAGUACAAAAAUGGUGUAAAGAGAAGUUAACGAAAGAGAAGAGUAAAGGGAAGAGCUGCAAAGAUAGCUUAAAAACUAAGAGUUCGAAAUUGAAAAGAUGAAGCGAAUCAUAGCAAACAAAGAGGAAGAAUUGGAGGUAGAAAAGAAGAGGUUUAACUAAAAAUGGGAACGCAAGAGUGAGGAAUAGGAAAGAGAGAAACAAGAGUGGAAUGAUAUGUACCAAGCACUCUAAAAAGAAAUAGGACAUCUAAAGUUAUAGCUUUAAGAGAAGGAUAAUCAAUUGUAGUCAACAUUGAGAAGAUCAGCUGAAGGUCUAGGCAGUUACAAGAGUAGCCAACUGUAGUCACCAAAUAGUAAAAUCUAUGUGGAUAGCUCAAAUAAUCAAAUAAUAGAACUGCAAGAAUAACUUAAAACCAAAGAAGAAGAAAUUAAGAUACUUUGGAACGUCAUUAAAGAGAUUAACAAGAGCAAGGGUACGGAAAAAGUGAGCAUGGAGCAACUAAGAUAUGCAAUAUCAUAGAAAAUGAAUUAGAAUUUAUGA